GCUGGGAUUCCGGGUUUUUGACAGAAGCCAACGUGUAUAAAGUCGUGUGCGGAAUAAACAGCCGUUGAGAUUCGAAGGACGUUUGUUAAAAAGUCAAGUGGAUGAAUUAAAAUCAUCGCGCGUUGCUAAUUUAUCGAACGACAAAUACUUUGCAUCGACGAUACGUUGAUUAUUACAUCGAUUGUAACGAAAAUCAAAAGAAACGAAAAAUGAACACUUCGGUAUCGCUGAUAUUUUCCAUAUUUCUUGGAAUUGUGUGUACUGUUACAGCAUUGAAAGAAGGUGAUUGCGAAGUAUGUGUCGCUGUCGUCGACAAAUUUAGUCAGACAUUGUCAGCAGACAUUAAGAGUGAUCCCAAGAAGAUUGAAACAAAGUUUCGAGAAUAUUGUAAAGGCACCAAAUCAAAAGAAAAUAGAUUUUGUUAUUAUUUAGGUGGAUUGGAAGAAUCUGCCACUGGUAUUUUAGGCGAACUGAGCAAACCGUUAUCGUGGUCUAUGCCUGCUGAUAAAAUAUGCGAGAAAUUGAAAAAGAAAGAUGCUCAAAUAUGCGACCUCAGAUUCGAAAAACAAAUUGAUCUCAACACUGUGAAUUUGAAGAAGCUUAAGGUGCGCGACUUGAAAAAGAUUCUGAAUGAUUGGGAAGAGGUGUGUGAUGGUUGUAUAGAAAAGACAGACUUUAUUAAACGAAUUGAAGAGCUCAAACCUAAAUACUCCAGCAAUAACUCAAAGAACGAGCUCUGAAGAAUUAUGGUCUUCGAUUUAGACAAGCAAUUAAGUUAGUAUGGCUAAAAUUUAUUGUUUUAAUUUGCAGAGGAAUUGUUUACAGCAUUUAGAACAUGUAUUUAUUCAUGUAGACAUCCUCUACAUGAUACACAAUUUGUAUAGCCUUGUUCUGUCAAAGUUGUCUUUGAUUGUCAAAGUGACAAUCUUUUAAGCUAAAAUAUUUAAGUUCCAUUAAAUAAUAUAGUAGUUGUCAUAAAACAAAAAUUAGAAUGAAACAAAGAAUAAUAGAUAAUGAACAUUUUGUCAAAUGGUACGUUUACAUCUUACAAUAAUUUUGAGCGAUGUAUUAUAUCAGAAGCCUGACUUUUCUUUCUCUGAUGUAGCCAUGCUAAUAAUGUACCUAUUUUAAUGAAGGUGCUUCAUUUAUAUGACAUCAACUCGUUAGGCGUAAAUUAAUAGACACAACAUUUAUACAAAAAAUUAUUUUCACAUAUAUUUAUUGUUCUUCCUCA